UUAUUUAAUUCGCGACACAUUAGUUAGGUUGAAAAAUAAUUAAAAACGCACCAAUUCGAGUUAAUUCAAUUUAAAAUUAAUGAAAAAAUUGAAUUAAGUCACUUCGUGCACUUUCGUGAAGCUUCGGCAGACGUCGUUAAGGUGGGUAAACAUAACCACACAAAAGUGCUAUUUCUUCUUGAAGCCCCAAUUUUAUCACUUUUACUAGAUAAGAGGCAAAUGGGCUAAAUCAAUGUCUUAAUUAUGUGAGGCGUUUAUUCAAAUCUGCCAAGAUGACUGAACUCAGAGAAUCUCGUUUUAAGAGCUACAUUGACGAGGAGGAGUUUUCGUCAAUCAACCUCACCGACGAACAGAAAACCAAACUCCUUGAUGGUGAGACUGUGGUCUGUGAGGCACAAAAAGUGCUGCUCUAUGCCCCCCUCAGUGAUAGAAAAAUGGCAACUUUAGGAGUAUUAACAGUCACUACGUUUAAACUGUCUUUUGCUAGUGCUGAAGACCGAGAUGGUGACAAUUGUUACCAACAAAACUUUUUGCUGGGCCCCAAUGACGCUUGCUUGUCUUCCAUAGACACGAUUUAUCAAAUUGGUGAUAAAUCGCGCAAAAAGCUAACACCCGGACAAAACGUGUCCGGGAAAAUCAAAGAAUUGUUAAUUAUUUGUAAAAAUAUGAGGUCGUUAGAAUUCAGUUUUAAACUUGCGGAUAAAGAUAGUGGCAAAAACGUGACCAAUGCACUCUUACAUCACGCUUAUCCCAAAAGACACAGUCUGUUGUUUGCUUACGAUUACAAGGAGCCAUCAGUUACCUCAUUGACAAAAGAAGUCUGCUUGUUUCGUAAACGCGAACAUUGGAAAAGAGAACUUGAACGAACUAAAUGUAAAAAAUGGAAGGCAACUGUUGUUAACGAAAAUUUUCACAUUUCAACAACUAUGAUGUCCACUCUAAUUGUACCUCAGUCCCUUACGGAUGAUGCGUUAACGAAGGCAAUUGAGCAUUUUAGGAAUCGCUGUUGUCCAGUUUGGGUUUGGGGCACACCUCGAGGGGCCGCUCUAGUCAGAAUGGCGGAUUUGUUACCCACAAUCCAGGACCGCACUCAGGAAAACACCCUCCUGGAGCACAUCCGUAAAAGCCACCCUGAUAAAAGACAACCCCACAUUAUCGAUCUCACGAAAGAGUGUCCCUCGCCGAAGGAGAUUCAAACCAGCUUCCUGAAAUUACGCGACCUUUGUGUACCUGAAAACACCCGAAUUUUCAAAAGCCAAGAUUUCAAAUUUUACGGGUUGCUCGACUCGACGAAAUGGAUGAGUCACGUGUCGACUUGUCUCUCAAAAGCCGUCGAAGCGGUGAGACAGUUACACAACGAUACCACUGUAGUAUUACAAGAAGGCAACGGCCAAGACCUCAAUUGUGUCAUUUCAAGUCUGGCACAACUGAUGCUCGACCCGUACUUCCGAACAAAAUUCGGAUUCCAGUCCUUGAUUCAGAAGGAUUGGGUCUCAAUGGGGCACCCUUUUGCCCACCGUCUGGGCCACAUUUUGAGCAAGGAGAUCGACCAGUCCCCUGUUUUUCUCCUAUUCCUGGACUGUGUUUGGCAAAUCGUCCAACAAUACCCAACGGCGUUUCAAAUCAGCGAGACUUUCUUGACCACAGUGUGGGAUUCGGCACACAUUUCGAUUUUUGAUACGUUUUUGUUCAAUUGCGAACAUGACCGAAUCCUUGCCGAGCUUGGGAGUUCGGGGCAUAAUGCGCUAGUCCUGCGAAGCGUGUGGGACUGGAGUGAGCAAUUUUCCGAGAAAGACAUCGCACUUUUUUGCAAUCCUUUAUUCGACGAUAGUUUCCGCGAGAGGCUCGAGCCGAGGACUAGUGUGGCCCACUUGGAUGUCUGGAUGCAGUGUUAUUUCCGAUGGCUACCGGAUUUGGAGAUCCGGAAUGGGGGAAAGCCCCAAAUCGACCUCUGUAACCGAUUUAUCGUCUCGGAGAUUUUCGAACUAAAGGAGAGAAUUGACAGUGGCGAGGUGAAUGGUAAAUCGAGUCGAAACAAAGAGGACAUUUUGGAGUUGUUGCGAAAAGUGAACAGUUUUUUUCCGUUUAGUCGAAAUAACGGACAAGUAGUGGGGACAUUGCCCAUUAAUAAUGUCUUACUUACGGGGGAUUUGCUCGAUUCGCAGUCCAUACUUAACUUAAACAAUGAUUGAGUGCCUGUUUUUUUACAAUACUUCCAGAAUAAUUUUUUAUUAACGGUGAUAAUUUGUGAGAAUAAUUUUAAGUUAAGGAACUUGGUAACACCAUAGCUUUAAUGUUUUCGUUUGUACGUAAUUCCAGUUGGAACAAACCAAAUAAUUUGUUUUAUGUAUUUUUUAUUUAUUUCCAACUUUUAAUUAAUUCCGUAAUUAACUUUUUUAAUGAGUGUUAUUUUUGUUUAAUUUAUGUCAAAAUAAAAUGGAAAUAUCACAGAAAAAUCCUCAACUUCGCAA